AUUAAUAGCUUAUUGCUGGCGGACGAACUACGUGUUUUGAUAAUGCGUGAGGCACUGAUUGGCCCGGAUUACGUUACUGAUAACGAUGUUUCAUGGCCACCACUGGAUUAUCCAACUCCCCUGGAUGAAUCAGAAACAAAGCCAAUUCAACGAAUUGGUGAUUUGAAGCAGGAAUUGUACGUUUGCUUUAAUUUUUUAUGCUGA